ACGAACACACACACACACAGUGUGGGAGGCAGCGCUGAGCGCGAGCUGAUGCUGUGCCGGAGAGAGAUUGGAGAUUCGGGUUGUGCGCUUUUAUCGGUAUCAUUUUAAUAUUUAAAGAGCCUCCUGUAUAUGUUUUCAGCCAUGGAGGAGGAGAACGGUCCCGUCUCGCGCGUCGUGAUCGCUUAGAAAGAAAAAAUAAGCCCAUUAAAUCUGCUCCUACUAUAAAUAAAUGGUUUUGGAGCUGGCAGCGCCCGCAAGUGCAGGCCCGCUGCUGCAGCGCUCCAUCCCGCACAUCGAGCGUGUUUUCCGGGUCAGGGUGAUCUGCAGCGCCGCCGACACCCACACACGCACCCACGCACACACCGACACCGGGACACACACCGACACCGCGAGAGACACCGAUCCCGAACUCAGGAGCGAGCCGGAGACCGGCGGCGGUGUGGUCGUGAUCAUCCACGAUGGCACGGAGGAAGACUGCAGCAGGGCUAAAGACUACAUCGUGUCCCUGAUCUCUCCGGCACAGAGACAUCAUGAGCGUUUGACCCUGUGGCUCCAGCGUCGUCUUCGUGAGCCGGAGAGCUCCGAGGCCCGAGAGCAUGCGCCCAAGCUGAUGGAGGACGAAGAAGGAGAGGAAGAAGGGAGUAGCUCGGAGAGUGAAGGAGAGAGACGGAGUGGAGAAAGAGAACGCGGAGGAGCAGGUGGAGGAAGAAGAAGGAAACACGAGCUGAUGAUGGCGACUAAACCUCACCGCCAGCUGUGUCGCUCUCCGUGUCUGGACCGUCCGAGUUUUAGCCAGAGCAGCACGCUACAGGAACUGCGUGCUGAUGAGUCUCUGGCCACUCCCACUUCCACAUCACUGACACUGCCCACUUCCUCAUUGGGCCACACCCCUUCCGAUCGGGACUACCAGAGUAAAAUGGAGUUUGCACUGAAGCUAGGCUACUCCGGUGAGCAGGUGGAGGCCGUGCUGAGCAAACUGGGACCGAGCGCGCUCACUAACGAUGUCCUGGCCGAACUCGUACGUCUCGGGAAUAAAGGAGAAAUCGAAACACAAACGCAGAUGCAAACAUCCACAGGACAAACACCAGCAGGGUUAACGUUAACCCCACGGGGCUCUGGAGCAAAAGAAGCUGUGAGCCCUGAGGCGUCACUCGAGGAGGAGACAAACGACACGUACGAUAACCUCCGACCCAUCGUUAUAGACGGAUCCAACGUUGCCAUGAGCCAUGGAAACAAAGAGGUUUUCUCAUGCCUGGGCAUCCAGUUGGCAGUUGACUGGUUCCUGGAGCGAGGACACAAAGACAUCACGGUGUUUGUACCAGCCUGGAGGAAAGAGCAGUCCCGACCCGACGCUCCUAUAACAGAUCAGGAAAUCCUUAGGAAACUGGAGAAAGAGAAGAUCCUCGUCUUCACUCCUUCUCGUCGAGUCCAGGGACGACGUGUCGUUUGCUACGACGACCGCUUUAUUGUUAAAUUGGCGUGCGAUUCAGACGGCAUCAUCGUGUCGAACGAUAACUAUCGAGAUCUGCAGAAUGAAAAGCCAGAGUGGAAAAAGUUCAUCGAAGAACGGUUACUCAUGUACAGUUUUGUCAAUGACAAGUUUAUGCCACCAGAUGACCCGCUAGGCAGACAUGGCCCAAGCCUGGAAAACUUCCUACGCAAGCGACCUGUUGUCCCUGAGCAUAAAAAGCAGCCAUGUCCUUAUGGUCAGUACAACAAAUGUAAGAAGUGUACCUAUGGUCACAAGUGCAAGUACUACCACCCAGAGAGAGCAGCGCAGCCUAUACGAUCCGUCGCAGACGAACUCAGAGCUUUUGCCAAGCUGUCUGCCGUCAAAACCAUGAGUGAAGGUGCUCUCGCAAAAUGCAGCUCAUCUGGUGCCAUUGCAAAAGGAGAUUGUUCUGAGGUGAAACGAGUGGCACCGAAACGUCAGUCGGACCCGAGCAUCCGUUCGGUGGGAUGCGACCAGGAGGAGCGGCUCUGCCCGGCUCGGAAAGCCGAAGCAAGCUCGGUUCCAUCUUUAGUGACAGCCCUUAGCGUCCCGACCAUGCCGCAGACAAAAAGUCACGCAGCCGGUGCAUUGAACACUCGUUCUGCUAGUAGCCCGGUGCCGGGGUCACUUCACUUCACACACAGCUCAUUAGAACAUGCAGGAAGCAUCCAAUACCCUCCGAUCCUGGUCACCAACAGCCAGGGUGCCUCCAUGGCAUACAGUGAACCUUUUCCCAAAUAUGAUUCUGUAGUUAGUGACCAUGGAUACUAUUCAAUGCUGAGCGAUUUCUCCACCAUGAGCUUAGGAAGCAUGCAAGACAGCUUCUGUAGCUUAGAACAGCCAGAUCCGGUUGGAGUCGGAGGAGGAUAUCCCGGUCGAGCUUCCGGCAUUUGUCCUGAAUCUGGACGCAGCCACUCUUCAGACUCCUUCUCCUCCUACGGUGGAGAGAUGUACUCCAUGGAAGGUAGCAUGGAUGAUGGGAUGAAGGUUCCACCAUCAGUUCAAUCCCAAGUGCAAUCGCAAGCACAGUCCCGCUUGCAAGCAUUUGCUCAUGGGUUUCACCAUGAGGCUUUGACAAGAGUCCAAAGUUACGGCACGGAUGAACCCAAACCUGGGCCACGCAAACAAACCUCGGCCCACCUCGUGCCUCACGCACAGCACCCGGUGGUUGGAGCUCGAUCCAGUUGCCCGGGUGACUAUCCUCCGCUUCCCCAGAACGUGUUGCCUUCGUCUGGCCCUGCUCAGCCAGGCAGAUCAUUGGGAAUGACAAGAAUGGACAGCAUUUCAGAUUCCCGCCUUUAUGAAAGUAAUCCCCUCCGGCAGCGUCGGCCCCCUCUGUGUCGUGAGCAGCAUGCUAGCUGGGAUCCUUUACCGUGUGGGAACGAGCCUUAUGGGUAUGGAGGUUACGGACUGACGGGAGGACUCAUGCCUUGCUGUGAACGAGUGAUGGUUCGGAGUAUGCCAGAAAAGAUGGAACAGAUUUGGAGGUCACCGUGGGAUAUGCAGCCAGGACAUCACGGACCGGUGGAACCGCAAGAGCGCCAUCCGAUCCCUGAACAUCAGUACCAGACUUACCGAAACCUCUGCAAUAUCUUCCCAGCAUACGUAGUCCACUCGGUCAUGGAGAAGAAUCCUCAUAUGACAGAUCCUCAGCAGCUAGCAGCGGUUAUUGUAACCAAACUACGGUCCUCUCAUUGAGUAAAUGAAGGAGAAGCAUUACAACGUUUUGUAAAGCUUACACAUUUUUUUUAAACGGAUCAGUCACGUGAAGAUCAAAUUCCUUUUUCCUAUAUUCUAUUUUUUUAAUCACCCUGGUGAUCUUUCCAUAUCCAAGCAUAACUAUUUUUUGCAUUAGCAGCAUGAUUCAGAUUACCGACGCUACAUCACGUAGCACGAGUCCGGGUUGGCCGAAGACUGACGAUGGGCCUCGAACCGAGGUUAAAGAAAUCACUCACCGAAGAAUGAAGCAAGUUUGUCUUUGGCUUAAGGUGUAUCAAGCAAUUUAAUGCUUUAGAUUCAUAACUUUUAGGUUUGAAAUUUGGCCAAAAUGCAUUUAGAAGAUCGGAGUGUAGAUCAGCGAUGUCCAGCUGUUUUUAUUUUUUAAGUUUAAAGUGCUGUAUUUUUCAGAAAUACAUGAUAUCGAAUUCUAUAAAAACUCCUACCAACAAAUUCUGUCUGCUUGGAGAAAAAAAAAACGAUCCUACA